AUGAUUUUAAUAUUAAUUUUUCUACAACUUUUUACUUUAACAUCAAUUGAUGGACUUAAAAUAUUAGCAAUUGCUCCACAAUUUGGUAUCAGUCACGUUAGAUUUACUGGUUUUGCACUUGAUAUAUUAAUUAAAGCAGGUCAUGAUGUUACAUUUCUUUUACCACCAAUGGAUCCAACAUGUACUAUUACAGGAACUAAAUUAGCAAAAAUCGUAACGACAGAUGAGUCACCAGAUUUAAAAAAAAUAACAACUGAGAUAGUUGAUAAUAAAACUUCAUUUUGGUUAAGUGAAACUGGAAAUAUUUUUACAUUUUUAGGUUUUAUUGAAAAAUUUCAAAAAAGUUUUGAGAUGCAUUGUGAACGAUUAAUAAAUAAUGAUACAUUAACAGAAAUUAUGCGUAAUGAAAAAUUUGAUUUAGGAAUUGUUGAAAUUUUUGAUUAUUGUGCUUUUGGUUUAUUUAAGUUAUACAAUAUUCCUGCUCAUGUAGGUAUAAUAGCAAGUAAUUUACCAUCAGCAAUGUAUAAACAUGUUGGAUUGACAUAUCCUAUAGCUCAAUUACCAGAAAUGUUUACAGAUUUUAGUUAUAGUAAAAUGACAUUUUUUAAUAGAGUAGGAAACUUUUUUGGUUUUUUUAUGGGUAAAACAUUUUCUGACAAUCUUGCUGAAAAAGAAAAUCAACUUUUUAAAAAUAAAUUUGGUGAACAUUUUGUUGAUAUUAACCAACAAAUAAGAGAUUCUUCCUUUUUGAUUGUAAAUGCAAAUCCUUUUGCUGAUAAUACUCAUCCAACUUUAAGUAAAAUUAUUGAAAUUGGUGGUUUUGCUAUGAAAGAAUCAAAACCAUUAGAUGAAGAGUGGGAUAAAAUAAUGUCAAAAAAAAAACAUACAAUUUUAAUUUCUUUUGGUAGUGUAGCAAAAAGUGUUGAUAUGCCAUUAAAAAUGAAAGAUGCAUUUAUGGAGGCAUUUAAGAAAUUACCAGAUGUUAUGUUUAUUUGGAAAUAUGAAAAUCCAGAUGAUGAGUAUAUUAAAAAAAUGGAUAAUCUUUAUUUAUCCAAGUGGGUACCUCAGACAGAUUUAUUAAAUGACACGAGAUUAACUGGUUUUUUAACUCAUUCUGGGCAAAAUAGUUUACAAGAGGCAGCAUAUUAUGGGGUUCCUUUAAUCUGCCUAGGUAUAUUUGCUGAUCAAAAUAGAAAUGCUAAGAUUGCUGAAAAUUUAGGAUUUGGAACUGUUUUAAAAAAACAAGAUGCUUUUGAUUCAAAAAAUAUUGAAAAUGCAUUUAAAAAAUUGUUAGAUAAUAAUGAAUUAAAAAAAAAUGGAAAACGAAUUAGUGAUAUGAUAAAAAAUAGACCUGGAAAUAUAACAAAGACAUUCAUUGAGUAUGUUGAAUUUGCUGGUAAAUUUAAAAAGUUACCACAUCUUAAUAUGGAAGGACAUAAAUUAAACAUAUUUCAAUAUGCUUUAUUGGAUGUAAUCCUAUUUUUAUUAACAAUUGCUACACUUGUCAUAAGCAUUUUAGGUUUCAUUAUUUUUAAAAUAACAAAAAUGAUAUAUGUAAAAGUUACUGGUAAAAAAACAAAAGUUGAAUAA